ACCAGCGCUGUUUUGUUGUUUUUGAAGAUAACUCAAAAUCCUGGGUUCUGUGGAAGGACAUUCAAACGGGCAAGUGCUUUCCACUUAAUUUCAAGUUCGUGGGGAUGGUGUUGUCGUUUGGAAAAUGCGAUUUAUCAUCAGAGCCUGGUUGUAGGUAUAUGUAGUCUUGCACCCUAGCUUUGCCUCUCAGCCCUUGGAGACAUCAGUAUCAGCAUCUAUGCAGCAUGAAGGUAUUGCACCUAAAAGCUGUUGGGGCUUUGUGUUGUGUAAUGCCACUUGUACCAUUUCAAUGCAUCAGUGUAGUUUCAAGCCUCUCUAUUUUCUCCACAGGUAUUUCCAAUAGAAGACCGAUCAACAGCCUCAGUUUUUAGAUUUUAUUUCAUUUCACGCUGUGUAAUUUAUAGUUUGGCUUAAGUUCUUUUUUGGCUCUUAUUUACUUGGUUCAUUUCUUUCCACUAUCUGCUCCAUUCAGCUUGAGUUAUCUUUAAUUUGUCUCUGACAGUUGACAGACCUCAGGGUUUCUGGGCUUACACAAACUGUAAGCUCAACAAGGCUUCCGGAGACCGUAUUAGGGAAGGGGCCAGCGGAGGUGGAGAGAUGGUCUGCACAAUAUGCCAGGAGGAAAGCUCCGAGCCUCCCAACGAGAUGGUGAUCUGCGACAAGUGUGGGCAAGGAUAUCAUCAGCUCUGCCACGCUCCCAACAUCGACUCCAGCGUCAUCGCCUCCGACGACAAGUGGCUCUGCCGUCAGUGUGUGUUUGCGACUACAACAAAGAGGGGUGGAGCGCUGAAGAAGGGGCCGAAUGCUAAAGCCCUUCAGGAGAUGAAGCAGUCGCUGCCUUACACCCUGGAGGACCUGAUCUGGGACCAGGGUCACAAGACCAACAUCCAGCAGUGUUACUGUUACUGUGGAGGCCCGGGAGACUGGUAUCUGAAGAUGCUGCAGUGUAGCAGGUGCAAACAGUGGUUUCACGAGGCCUGCAUUCAGUGCUUUCAGAAGCCCAUGCUCUUUGGAGACAGGUUCUAUCUAUUUAUUUGUUCAGUUUGCAAUUCUGGACCGGAGUACCUCAAACGUCUGCCUUUACGAUGGGCAGAUAUUGUACACCUGAGCCUUUACAACCUGAGUGUCAUUCACAAGAAGAAAUACUUUGAUUCUGAGUUGGAACUGAUGGCCUACAUCAAUGAGAACUGGGACCGACUGCAGCUUGGAGAGCUUGGAGACACUCCUAAAUCAGAUCGAUAUGAAAGCAUUCUUGAAGCACUGAAUAGCAACCACACCAUGUUCAUGUCAGGUAAAGAGAUAAAGAAGAAGAAGCACCUGUAUGGGCUGCGGAUCCGCUUCCCACCGGCUCCCCAGAACACAGACUCCACGGUCGACCAGGAGCCCGAGAGGGCCUCCCACGAGAUCAAGAUCAAAGGCCGCAAGUCCACUAAGCCCUUACCUGAGCCCAGUGAGAUGACCAAUGGCGUGGUGCAGAAAGGAAAAAGGAAGCACGUUGACCACUCCUCCUUUGAGACUCUGGCCAAGCUGCGAAGAUCCGGAGAGCUCUUGACCCAGGAUAAUGAAAAGCCACCCACAGUGGAGAACCACCCAUUGGACCUACUGGCUUCUAAGAGCAGCAGAAGUGAUAAAUCUGCACCAUCUUCAAGUACCUCAGAUGUGGAAUCUAUAGGUGCCACAAGCACCACCGAAACUACCUCAACGAGUAUUUCGAGACAGUCCAGCCUGCACCGGUCGAGCAGAACCCGCACGGGCCGCCGGUGGCCAAUCACACAGCCUUCCCUGAGGAGGGGGCGGAGACGGGGCCGGCCACGGCGGGCCCUGCAGCCCCCGAACCCAGAGAUCCCCCGCGAGCCGGAGCUGCCAGAGCCCUGCCAGCUCCCGGGGCUUCGCACAGACAUUGUACACAGCCUGGACCAGGACGCGCAGCUCAGCCACCUCAAGAGCUCCAUCACCAACUACUUCGGAGCGGCCGGCCGCAUGGCGUGUGGGGAAAAGUACCGCGUCCUGGCCCGCAGGGUCACCCUGGACGGGAAAGUGCAGUAUCUGGUGGAGUGGGAGGGGGUCACUGCCUCAUAAGCUUAACUUGCCCUGCAUUUAUCUUUCUAUAAGAUCUUUUUUUUUUUUUUUUGGUUGUUUUGGUUGU